CUGCCUUCCUUCGUUGGGCGCCAGCUGCCGCUUAGGCCUGAGCGAGAGCCGACGGCGGGCGGGCGCAGCUGCAGCCUUAGCGCCGGCGGGGCUGGUGGGCCCCGCACCUUCUCUCCCUCUCGCCGCCCGCGCCCUCGGACAUGGUGGCCCCCGGCUCUGUGACCAGCCGGCUGGGCUCGGUGUUCCCCUUCCUGCUGGUCUUGGUGGACCUGCAGUACGAAGGUGCUGAAUGUGGAGUAAAUGCAGAUGUUGAGAAACAUCUUGAAUUGGGCAAGAAAUUACUUGCAGCUGGACAGCUAGCUGAUGCUUUAUCUCAGUUUCAUGCUGCAGUAGAUGGUGACCCAGAUAACUAUAUUGCUUACUAUCGGAGAGCUACUGUCUUUUUAGCUAUGGGCAAAUCAAAAGCAGCACUUCCUGAUUUAACUAAAGUGAUUGAAUUGAAGAUGGAUUUCACUGCGGCAAGAUUACAGAGAGGUCACUUACUACUCAAACAAGGAAAACUUGAUGAAGCAGAAGAUGAUUUUAAAAAAGUGCUCAAAUCUAACCCAAGUGAAAAUGAAGAAAAGGAAGCCCAGUUGCAACUUGUGAAAUCUGAUGAAAUGCAGCGUUUGCGCUCCCAAGCACUUGAUGCUUUUGAGAGCUCAGAUCAUAUUGCUGCUAUAACCUUCCUUGAUAAGAUUUUAGAGGUUUGUGUUUGGGAUGCAGAACUACGGGAACUUCGAGCUGAAUGUUUCAUAAAAGAAGGAGAACCUAGGAAAGCGAUAAGUGACUUAAAAGCUGCAUCAAAGUUGAAGAAUGAUAAUACUGAGGCUUUUUAUAAAAUUAGCACCCUGUACUAUCAACUAGGAGACCAUGAGCUGUCCCUCAGCGAAGUUCGUGAAUGUCUUAAACUUGACCAGGAUCAUAAAAGGUGUUUUGCACACUAUAAACAAGUAAAGAAACUGAAUAAGCUAAUUGAGUCAGCUGAAGAGCUCAUCAGAGAUGGCAGAUACUCAGAUGCAACCAGCAAAUAUGAAUCUGUCAUGAAAACAGAGCCAAGUGUUUCUGAAUAUACAAUUCGUUCAAAAGAAAGGAUUUGCCACUGCUUUUCUAAGGAUGAGCAGCCUGUUGAAGCUAUUCGAGUAUGUUCUGAAGUUUUACAGAUGGAACCCGACAAUGUGAAUGCUCUGAAAGAUCGAGCAGAGGCCUAUUUAAUAGAAGAAAUGUAUGAUGAAGCUAUUCAGGAUUAUGAAACUGCGCAGGAACACAAUGAAAAUGAUCAGCAGAUUCGGGAAGGUCUAGAGAAGGCACAGAGGCUAUUGAAACAGUCGCAGAAACGAGAUUAUUAUAAAAUCUUAGGAGUAAAAAGAAACGCCAAAAAGCAAGAAAUCAUUAAAGCAUACCGAAAACUAGCACUGCAGUGGCACCCAGAUAACUUCCAGAAUGAAGAAGAAAAGAAAAAAGCGGAGAAAAAGUUCAUUGAUAUAGCAGCUGCUAAAGAAGUUCUCUCUGAUCCAGAAAUGAGGAAGAAGUUUGAUGACGGAGAAGAUCCGCUGGAUGCAGAGAGCCAACAAGGAGGUGGUGGCAACCCUUUCCACAGGAGCUGGAACUCAUGGCAGGGGUUCAAUCCCUUCAGCUCAGGCGGACCUUUUAGAUUUAAAUUCCACUUCAAUUAAACCAGCUGUUUUUCUGCUCUUCUUCCUUAAUUUUUUUUUAAAGAUUAAACACAAAGAAACCUUGUUCCGGGAUCCUAAUGAAAAAGAAAAUUCAAAUCUUUUAGUUUGUCCCUGACCAAAGAGUUGUUUUAAUAGGAAAAAUCGUUCUAUAUCCCUUUUAGACUGGAGGUUGACGGGUGCACGGAGGCAGGGAGGCGAAGACCGGGUGUGUCUCUGACAAAGCAGCCCAUGCAGGUGUUUGGAGGGCCUGGAAGAAGGGUCUGCGGUAGGCGCACCUGCGGCAGGGCUCCCGUAUGUGUCUGCGCUGGAGCCCGCCGAGACUCUUCUUCCCAGUCUUGCAGAGGGCAGCAGUGCCCACGUGGGCAAGGAGGAGCCAGGAGCUUCAUGAGACGGGGUUGUGUUUUAGGAUUCUUAAAGAGAAUAUCAACAUUUUGAGUUGUACGUUCUUGGGGACACCUUUGCUUAGGUUCUGGUCAGUCCGGUUGCUUGCAAAUACCUGUAAAUUACAGAGCCUCGGCCAAUCCACAUGCAUUUCCCUCUCUGCUGGCGUGAGCGUGGCUGUCACAGGAGGAGGGACGGAGCCCAUCUUUUAGAAAACUUGCUACCAAAUGGUAGUUGCUGUUGCCAGGUGCAGAGUCUGGAUGGAUGUGAAGCAUGUAUUUUAUGUCGGGUACCUGCGAGAGAACACGGAAGACCACGGACAUAGAAUUAACCGUAAAAACAUAUGGGCCCUUUUGUUUAAUAACGUGAAACAAAUUAAGAGAGACUAUGAAACACAGGUUCAGAUAAUAGAGCAGUGGUGUCACUUAAAACAAGCUUGAAGUGCAGAAUGUAGUAUUUUAAGAACUGAAGUUGUGAGUUAUACAGAAUUUCCUGUUAACAGGACUGCCUUAGAAAUGUACAACUGCCUCGGUUGACAGAGACAGAAUGCCAUGUUCCCCACUUUUAAUAAAGGCAGUGGGGCAGCAGCUUGUUCAUCCUGACCGACGCUCCUGAACCGUAGUCCCUCCGCCCCCCCCUGUGGGACUGUCUGAGGUGGGCGCUACACAGGAGACCUGCCCCUUGACCCGACCCUGAUGCCUCUGGAUGUUUUCCUGCCUAGAAAAAAAUACACGUUUACAAAUCUAGUCAGCUCUGGCUACAUUUCCACCAUCGCGAUGGCAUCUCUUCUUGGGAUACCUUCUUACCUUUAAGAAAUGAACUUAUUCAGUCUUUGUAUACUGGAUAAUUUUUUCCCUAAAAACUGAGUGUUACUUUAAUCAAGAACAUUAAAUAUUUAUGGAACUAUUGAUGCUGCAUUUAAACUCUGAGAGAAUUACUUUAGAUAAGAAUUACUACCUUCAUUCUGGAAAGGUUUUUUUUGUUUUGGCCUCAGAGCAUUUUGAUGAGUAUGGGUCUAAUAUGUUGUUUUUAUGAAAUCAAGCAUUUUAAUUUCAGUGGCGGGAGGUGUCCUGACCAUAGCAGCCAAGUAAGUGCAGGGCCUUUCCUUCUGCAGUGAUCCUGAAACAGACGGGGAGAUUUCCUUAAGUGGAGGGGCAAAAAUCACAUAGUUGAGCUGAGCAAAACGCCUGUGUGCUUUUUGCAUCUAUUUAGAAGUCUAUUUCUUACCAAUAAACUUAAUGCAUUUUGAAAAUUAGUGAAUAGUUCACAGCUUUCCUUUCGUUUUAAGGUCUCAGAAUUCAAGUCAGUGCUGAAAGGAUUUCCGAGGGAAAUUCAGUUUUGUUUAUUCUUUCAUCUUAGUAAGCUCAUGACUGCAUUAUAUCAGUGAUAUUGUUUGCCAGCCUGGUUCUUUGGUACAUGAGGUCACUGUGACCGUUUUUGCGAUCUAGCAAUGGCCUCUACCUACUUUUAAAGUAAGAAUUUUCACACAAAAUCAGAACAAGGAAAUAUGAAAUCACUUGCCUUUCCACGCAGGGAAGACGAGGAGUCGCCCCAAGGAGCCGGAGGGAGUCAGGACGGUGGCGGGCUGGCCGGUGGGCAAUGCGUCCGGGUGCUGCCCACACGGCCGUUUGCAUGAUUCUGUCCGCACUGGUAAUGACUCUAAGUCCUGGUCCUGAAAUUUUACCGUGGGUUCAGUUUAGUCACCGUAACUGAAAUGCGCAGCUACUUGCUGGUCUUCAGUGAAGAGAGAGGAGCUACGGGGCCAAGUGCCAGCGCCACAGAGAGACUCGAGGAGGACAGUGCGGCCUGUGACUGUGAGCCCCGCGCCGACAGAAGCUGCGUCCCGCCGGCCUGCUGGGCGACGUCCUCACGCUCACACUCCGGAGAGCUCGGGACUGAACAUUUGACUUGUUCUUGGCUUCCUUCUACUUGCCAGUCUCCUGGCUCUUGUUUCUGGGGCCUGUAACUGCCCGGUAACCGUGACGGCUGUUUCUGGAAAAGUCAACUCACAAGGCUGCCUAGCCUUCGCUGUAGUAGAUUCCUUUCUUAAACUCCUUCCUUCCUUUUUGGUAAGCUCCUGAAAUGAAGUAACCCUUGUCUGUACAUCGUGGAUAUUUCCCACAGCAGCAAGUAUUAAACACAUCAGCCUAUAAACAUGA